CGUUUAGCAGUCAAAUAUAUGCGCAUAUAUCUCCAUGGCUGAUGAGGCUGGCCGGGCACAUUCAAAAUGGCGGAGUGCGGAGCGAGCGGCAGCGGGAGCAGCGGGGACAGCUUGGACAAGAGCAUCACGCUGCCCCCCGACGAGAUCUUCCGCAACCUGGAGAACGCCAAGCGCUUCGCCAUUGACAUAGGGGGGUCGCUCACCAAGCUGGCCUACUACUCCACCGUGCAGCACAAGGUUGCCAGAGUGCGCUCCUUCGAGUCCUCGGGCAGGGACACAGAGCAGGACCACGAGCCGCCCUACGAGAUCUCAGUCCAGGAGGAGGUCACUGCCCGGCUGCACUUCGUCAAGUUCGAGAACACCUACAUAGAAGCUUGUCUGGACUUCAUCAAAGACCACCUCGUCAACACUGAGACCAAGGUCAUCCAGGCCACCGGGGGCGGGGCGUACAAAUUCAAGGACCUCAUUGAAGAAAAACUGCGGCUGAAAGUGGACAAGGAGGACGUGAUGACCUGCUUGAUAAAGGGCUGCAACUUCGUGCUGAGGAACAUACCACACGAGGCCUUCGCGUAUCAGAAAGAUUCCGACCCCGAGUUCCGAUUCCAGACCAAUCACCCCGACAUUUUCCCAUACCUUCUGGUCAACAUCGGCUCCGGAGUGUCCAUUGUGAAGGUGAGGUGGGCUCCCCGGACCACGCGUGACGGCCGGGCAGGGAGCACCCGUGCAGCGUCGGCGGGGGCUCGGCCUGCAGGAUGGCGCCCCCCCACCCCCCGCGUCUGGGGCGUCCCCAGGACCGGUGGGCGGUGGCCGGCCCCCCUCGGCAGCUCGCCUGCCCUGCCGCCACAGGUGGAGACGGAGGACAGGUUCGAGUGGGUUGGCGGCAGCUCCAUCGGAGGUGGCACCUUCUGGGGACUCGGGGCUCUGCUCACCAAAACAAAGAAGUUUGACGAGCUGCUGCAUCUGGCCUCCAAGGGCCAGCACACGAGUGUGGACAUGCUGGUGCGGGACGUGUACGGGGGCGCCCACCAGACCCUGGGGCUGAGCGGCGACCUCAUCGCCAGUAGCUUCGGGAAGUCGGCCGCUGCCGACAAAGAGUUCUCCAAGGAGGACAUGGCCAAGAGCCUGCUGCAUAUGAUCAGCAACGACAUCGGGCAGCUCGCCUGCCUGUACGCGAAGCUGCACUGCUUGGACAGGGUGUACUUCGGCGGCUUCUUCAUCCGGGGCCACCCUGUCACCAUGCGCACCAUCACCUACAGCAUUAACUUCUUCUCCAAGGGGGAAGUCCAGGCGCUGUUCUUGAGACACGAAGGCUACCUGGGAGCCAUCGGAGCGUUUCUCAAAGGAGCAGAACAAGACAACCCUAACCAGUACAGCUGGGGAGAAAACUAUGCCGGCAGCUCCGGGCUGAUGAGCUCAUCCCCGGAGCUCUGCCCGACACAGCGGGUGAGGAGCGGCACUUUCGACCUUCUGGAGAUGGACCGGCUGGAGAGGCCGCUGGCCAACCUGCCACUCCUUCUGGACCCGUCUUCCUACGUGCCCGACACGGUCGACCUCACGGACGACGCCCUGGCCCGCAAGUACUGGCUCACCUGCUUCGAGGAGGCCCUGGACGGGGUGGUGAAACGCGCCGUGGCCAGCCAGCCGGGCUCCGUGGACGCAGCCGAGCGGGCGGAGAAGUUCCGGCAGAAGUACUGGCGCAAGCUGCAGACGCUGCGACACCAGCCCUUUGCUUACGGGACGCUGACCGUGCGCAGCCUUCUGGACACGAGGGAGCACUGUUUGAAUGAGUUCAACUUCCCGGACCCCUACUCCAAAGUCAAGCAGAAGGAAAACGGGGUCGCACUGAAGUGUUUCCCGAGGGUGAUCCGCUGUCUGGACGCCUUGGGCUGGGAGGAGAGGCAGCUGGCCCUGGUGAAAGGCUUGCUGGCCGGGAACGUCUUUGACUGGGGAGCGAAAGCCGUCUCUGAUGUCCUUGAAUCUGACCCCCAGUUCGGCUUCGAGGAGGCCAAGUCGAAGCUGCAAGAGCGGCCGUGGCUCGUGGACUCCUACGGCAAGUGGCUUCAGAGACUGAAGGGGCCCCCUCACAAAUGUGCCUUAAUUUUCGCAGAUAACAGUGGAAUAGACGUCAUUUUGGGAGUCUUCCCCUUUGUCAGGGAGCUUCUCUCUAGAGGGACGGAGGUCAUCCUGGCGUGCAACUCGGGACCCGCCUUGAAUGACGUGACGUACUGCGAGUCCCUCAUCGUGGCUGAGCGCAUCGCGGCCAUGGACCCUGUCGUCCACUCGGCGCUCAAAGAGGAGAGGCUGCUGCUGAUGCAGACGGGCUCCAGCUCCCCGUGUCUGGACCUCAGCCGCCUGGACAAGGGGCUGGCCGUGCUGGUCCGGGAGCGAGGCGCAGACCUGGUGGUGAUCGAGGGCAUGGGCCGCGCCGUGCACACCAACUACUACGCGGCCCUGCGCUGCGAGAGCCUCAAGCUGGCCGUCAUCAAGAACUCCUGGCUGGCCGAGCGGCUGGGCGGCCGGCUCUUCAGCGUUAUCUUCAAGUACGAGGUCCCGGCCGAGUGAGGCGCCCGCCCCGCCACCCUCCUCCGCUCGUCGGGAACGUACUGCGACCACAACAGGGAGACCGAGUUCCGAUCGGAAUAUUUAUGUCGCGCGCCUGUGACUGAGAGCCGGGUGCGCCCGGGUGGGAGCGUGGGCGCGUGUGGCGUCAGGGUCUCUACGAUGCUGCCGCGUCCGUGGCGGGAGACGCAACUCUGUCCAGUGAGACAUUCGUAUUGGAAUAUAUUUAACUGUUAAAUAAUCUUUUAUAUAUAUAUAUAUACAUAUGUACGUAUAGAUAUAAAUAUAUGCACAUGUCUCCAACAGGUCACCAGAGGCUCGGGGUCCACACCAAAUAGA